AUGCCAAGGUUGUACACGAGGCCCUCGGUGCUCUCCGCCGAGUCUGUCGACGACAUCAUCGGCGACGGCUACGGCGUCUUGGCAACCGUAGCGGCCGAGUCCUGCUCGUUGCUCGUCGCGUCCUGCGUGCUCGCCGCGUCCGUCAUCAUCUGGGAGGCGUGCGCCUUCGCUGCCUUGGCCGCGGUGCUCGUCGCCGGCGUCACCUGGUGCGUGAGCGUCACGGCCGCGGGUGGUGCUGCCGGCACGGCGUUUCCCACGACCGCCGCGCGCCAGGCAGAGCCAGAGCCAGCGGAGUGUGCGGGCUUGCCGAAAUAG